AUUUUUGGAUCUCUUUAUUUUUUAUUUAUGUAUUUACUUAUGUCUUUAUCUGUUUAUUUAUCUAUGUAUGUAUAUAUGUAUAUAUGGAUGGAUGGAUGGAUGUAGUCAGUUGAUAUGGCGCCUGUCUAACACCCAGGGUCGCUUUACUAGGUACAUAACACAUAAGUAACAUCAUUAGCAACAAAAACAACAACAACAACAACAACGUGUGUAUUGAAGUUGCAGUUUUGAAAUAAUCCAUGUUUGUAUACUAGCGCACUACACAGUAUGCCGCAGUAGGACGCAACCAGCUGUUGUUAUUGUUGUUGUUUUUGUUGCUGCAGUUGUUGUUGUUGUUGUUGUUAUUGUUGUUUUUCCCCGCACACACUCGCACUGCAGCGGCCCUGUGGCGUUGAGCUCGUGCAGCUCGUGUCGCGCGGUUAUGACGUAGGCGCCACGCCACAUUGCCGCGAAAAGUCAAAACGCGCGUGACACGACGAAGCUAACGGUUUACCUUAAACUUUAUACGGAUAUGAAGAGAAAAUGGCUGUUUUUUGAGGUGUAGUUUAAUACAUGAGCACUAAUUUUAAACAGUAUAAGCUGCCUGCUGUCUGUUAGUUGAGCUGUCAGGUCAGCUAGCUCAUGUUUUAGCUUGUUUACAGCUAACCAGGUUUGAGCUUUGAGCUUUUUUUUGUUUGUUUUUGAGCUGGUUUGUUUAUUUUGUAAGAAGACAAUGCUAAGCGCUCAGGCUAAAGGCAGGGACGAGGAGCUGCUGCUUCUUCCACAGAAGCUGGAGAAGAGGCUGCUGCCAUUUCAGCGCCAAGGAGUCCAGUUCGCUCUUUCCAGGGCUGGAAGGUGUUUGAUUGCAGAUGAGAUGGGGCUUGGAAAGACGGUGCAGGCGAUCUCGGUGGCGUACCUCUACAGACACGAGUGGCCUCUGCUGAUCGUGGUGCCAUCUUCGCUGAAGUACCCAUGGAUCGAGGAGCUGGAGCGCUGGGUUCCCGAGCUCCAUCCCGAAGACAUCUACCUGGUGGAGAGUAAAGCUGAUAUCAUGGGCAUCAGCCAGAGCAAGGUGACAGUUCUGGGCUACGGGUUGCUCACCAACGACGCACAGUCACUAGUGGAUGCGCUGAAGAAGCAGCGCUUUGGCGUCGUCAUAGUGGACGAGUCGCACUACCUGAAGUCCCGGAAUGCAGCGAGGACGAAGAUCCUGGUGCCGGUGAUCCAGAACGCCAAACGUGCAAUCCUGCUCACAGGAACUCCAGCACUGGGCAGACCAGAAGAGCUCUUCAUGCAGAUCGAUGCUUUGUAUCCGAGGCGCUUUGGCACAUGGAGCGAGUACGCCAAGAAAUACUGCAAUGCUCACUACAGAUACUUCGGGAGGAGGCGUCAGUGGGAUUGCCGCGGAGCGUCUCAUCUGGACGAGCUGCACCAGAGGCUCAGCGAGAUCAUGAUCCGCAGACUUAAAGCCGAAGUGCUCACACAGCUGCCGGCCAAAAUCCGCCAGAGAAUCCCUUUCGACCUGCCAAAAGAGGCGGCCAAGGAAUCCAGCUCCAGUCUGGAGAAGUGGGAGAGUUUAAUGCGCUCUCUGGGUUCUGGCGAGUCAGAGAAUGAGAACCCGUUUACAGAAGUGAUGGGUCUCAUCACACAGAUGUACAAGCAGACUGCAAUAGCUAAGGCAGGAGCGGUGAAGGACUACAUAAAGAUGAUGCUGGAGACAGAGCAGCUGAAGUUUCUGGUCUUUGCACAUCACCUCAGCAUGCUGCAGGCGUGUACUGAGGCUGUGAUUGAGGCCAAGGCCGGUUAUAUCCGAAUCGAUGGCAGCGUUCCUUCCGCAGAGAGGAUCCAGCUGGUCCACCGCUUCCAGAAUGAUCCAGAGACACGGGUGGCUAUUCUGAGCAUACAGGCGGCGGGACAGGGUCUGACCCUGACUGCGGCGUCUCACGUGGUGUUCGCCGAGCUCUACUGGAACCCGGGUCACGUGAAGCAGGCGGAGGACCGAGCACACCGCAUCGGCCAGACCUCAUCCGUGCACAUUCACUACCUCAUCGCCAAGGGCACGUUCGAUAUGGUCAUGUGGGCCAUGCUGAACAGGAAGGAAACAGUGACAGGCAGCACUCUGAAUGGAAGGAAGGAUUACCUUAAAGCUGAGGAAGCGGAUAAGGAGAAAUGGGAUUUUCUGAACUUCGCUCAGGCCUGGACGCCGAGCGACAGCAUCACCGACGAUGCCGAGGAUCUCUUCUUCUCACAUUUUGAGAAAGACAAACAGCACGACAUCCGCAACUUUUUCUCUUCUGUCUCGGACAAAAAGAGGAAGAGAACAGAUGACUCCUCCAUCACCAGCUCUCCUCAUACACCUCCACAAGACCAGCAGGAAACCAAUCAAAGCCCCUGUGGCCGCAGCCCUGAUUUAGCCAAUCAGGAGGAGGAUUUCUGUCCCCAGGUGAAACGUUUGAAACAGGCUACUCCAUUGUCUCGCCGUGGGGGGAAGAGAAGUCCCAUGAUGCCUCUCGGUGCACCACGCAGGCUCUCGACAGGACUGCAAACCCCCCGCCACAGUCAGAAGUGGAGCUGCCCACUCUGUACAUUCUCCAACAGCGGCCUGCUGCUGCGCUGCGAAAUCUGUGAGACGCCGCGAGCUCAGAAAGCUCGCAGCCCUCCUGCGUCUCCCUCCCCUUCUGCCUCUCUCUCUGUCUCCAGCCCAUGCAUCACUCUUUCAGACUCAGAAGAAGACAACAGCACCCCCAAAACACCGCAAACUCCUCUCAGCACGCAGAACCGAACGUUAAAGAAAGAGGAAGAAAAGACAUCAGAAGCACAAAGAGAUCCUCCAGACACUCCUUCCAAUGCUAAUGAUAGCCGCGAGUCUGAGCCGGUAGAUGACUCUCUGCCUGUGUAUGACAGCCUGAAGUUCUGCGCCAGCAAAAAUACUGAUAGGAUCUACAUUUACAGCAAGGAUGGUCUCCCACUCAACUGCAACUUUGUUCCUCUGGAUAUCAGACUACAGAACUGGGAUGACUUGCCUCCAGAGUUCAUCCGCACUGAGAACCGGAGACAUUUGGUGCGUUUUGUGCGUGAGUGGAGCUUUCUGACAGCGAUGAAGCAAAGGAUGGUGAGGAAGAGUGGCAGAGUCUUUCAAAGCCCGAUUCUGCUUGUGGAUGAGCUCACACACGCACAGCGCCGACACAGUAGCACCAAGAGGUAUCUCUCUAAGCAGGAAGUGGCUCAGACGUCCCUGAGUGCAGCCCAGAGAGAGGGAGGGACCGUACGCUCCAUCAGCAAGGACAAGUCUUCCUCCUUAAAGAGAUCUAUUAUGAAACCAUCCAGUCAAGCUGAUAAGGAGUCGGAAGCAGAGACAGGAUAUUUGCAAGCUCUGGACUCUGGAGGCACGCCACUGUGUUUGUCUUGCCAGAAGCCCAGCGUGGAACACUCGGGCUGGGCAGGCGGUUUCUGCAGUGCCAGCUGCAUGGAGGAGCUGCAGCUGCGCUCCAGCCGAGGCUACGCCCGCUCCCGUGUGCUCGAGACGGAGCAAGGUGUGUGUCAGAGCUGCGGCCUUAAUGCGCGCCAGCUGUAUCUGCGUGUACGAGACGCGCCACACACGCACCGCAAAGAGAUCCUGGACAACACGUGGCUGGCACAGCUGCCUCUCAUACAGCUGAACGAGAUGAUCCGUCACCCAGUAGAGGGCCAGUUCUGGCAGGUGGACCACAUCAAGCCGGUGUACAGUGGAGGAGGACAGUGCCUUCUGGACAACCUGCAGACGCUCUGCACUGUCUGCCACCGCAUGAGGACAGCACAGCAGGCCAAAGAGCGGAGUCAGAGGAAGAAAGGCGAAGCAGCAUCUAAACUAUCCUCCGACAUCACCAGAUUCUUUAUGAAGAAAUAGGACUGAACUACCACCACCAUGUUUCACUCAUCAGUAUACACAUGCUAUGAGACGAGUUAGCGAUUUGAAAUCAACCUCCACGUCUCCUGCUGCACAGAGUUGCACCACCUCAAUCAAGGAAAUUUACGCAGUGGAAAUUUACAAGAACAUUAAAUCCGGUUUCGUGUUUUUUAUUGGGAAACUGGUAUUAUGUUUUGAGUGCUUUCACAUCAGAUAAAACAGUGGUUGGUUGUAUCUUAAGCCCAAUAAAGGAACAUUAAACUUUAUAGUCAAGGUUGUUUCAGGUUUGGAAUGGGUUUACACAAAACACUGCAGUGCUGUGUGUGUGUGUGUGUGUGUUCAAAUGUCUGUUUACACUAUGCUGCCUUCUUGAUUCUGAUUGGUCAAAAUGUAUUGAUUAAAUCUGUAUAACAGCAGCACUGACAGUAGUUUUGGUUAUAAGGUUUAUAUUAAUGCAGUGAUUGAUUCUAAUACAUUAUUGUUUCUAUUGUAACAGCUAACACAGGGACAAAAAAUGUGCGAGGAGACAGAUAUAAUAUUAUGGGAAGGAGUCUCCAGUGUUAGUUCUUUUUCACUGUCAGAGGUACAGCUGGGGUCAUAAGUUUACAUACGCCUUGUAGAAUCUGCAAAAUGAUAAUAAUUAAAAAAAAAUAAUAAGUGGGAUCAUAAAAAUUGCAUUUUGUUUUUUAUUUAGUUCUGCCCCGAAUAAGCUAUUUCGCAUAACAGGUGUUUACAUCUAGUCCACAAGACACAAUAAUAACUGAAUUUACACAAAUGAACCAGUUCAAAAAGUUUACAUACGCUUGAGUCUUAAUACUGUGUGUGUUACCUGGAUGAUCAACGACUGUUUUUAUGUUUUGUGGUAGUUGUUCAUGAGGCCCUUGUUUGUCCUGAGCAGUUAAACUGUCCACUGCUCUUCAGAAAAAUCCUCCAGGUCCUGCACAUUCUUUGGUUUUCCAGCAUCUUCAAUCAACUGAGGGACUCGUACACAACUAUUACAAAAGGUGCAAACAUUCACUGAUGCUCAAGAAGGCAACACGCUACAUUCAGAGCAGGGGGGUUGUAAACUUUUGAACAGGAUGAUCAGUGUAAAGGAAACAUGUAAAUAUCUUAUGUAGCUUCUCAAGAGCAGUACUAAAUGGAGAAAAAAAAGAUCCUUUUUUUUUUUUUAAUACAAAAUAACAAUUUACACCAAUCAUCCUGUUCAAAAGUUUACAUCCCCCUGGCUCUUAAUGUAUUGUGCUGCCUUCUUGAGCAUCAGUGAAUAUUACAUUAAUAAAAAUUUUUAGAAAGGAAAAUAUUACAGGAAAAUAAUUAGAGAUGGCACGAUACUAUUUUUCUGAUUCCCAAUAUCCGAUAUUGUUUUUUU